GAAAAGAGGUGAAGAGAAUGAAGGAGGUGAAGAAGAGGAGGAGUCCUGAGGAGGAGGGAGAGACUGUUUUCUUCAGUGAUUUAACUGGAACCAGAUGCUGAGCCUGGUUCUAACGGAACGAACCAAACUCCGCUUCUUCUUCUUCCUCUUCUUCUUCUUCUUCUUCUUCUUCUUCCUCUUCUUCUUCUUCCCUCACACCUGAACCGGAGAGUAGCGGUAGAUUCAUGUCAACCUAACGGAACUUUCUCUGGACUCCACCGGGACUUUCUCUGGACUGUAACGGUGCUUCUCCUCGGUUCCGUCAUGGGUCCAGGUCGGUGGAGUUUAAGGAACUGACUCUCCAUACCAGAACCAGAGAGUACCGCGCUGAGGACCGAGCUGAGGCCGCUGGACAUGAGGCCCUGCCCGGCGGGGAUGUGAGCAGAGCCCGGGAUGCUGCUCCGCCGCCGCCGCUGCUGUUCCUGGGGGCCGCUGUUGCUGCUCCUGGGGGCCGCACUCUGCGUCUUCUACCAGACCCUGAUGUCGGCCUCGAACCGGCUCCGCUCCGGACCACCACCCGCUGAUGUCCGAGGCCGGAAGUCACCAUAUGAUGUCCCGGAGAAGACCAGGAGGGUCAUUUACAUCCUGGAGAGUUUGCAGAGGAAUACAGAGGUCGGGGGGGUGUCUCAGAAGCCGUCCGGGCGGCGCCGGGCCGUGGUCCUGACGGGUCGACACCAGGCGUCGGACCCCGAGGUGCAGCUGUACCAGCAGGUCCUGCAGCGGCUGCACUACGAUGUCCACACGUCCAGAUACACCGAGACCAGCAGCGUCCUUCAGACCAAUCAGGGUGUGAGUGGGUGGAGCCUGCUGCUGUGCCUCAGCAGCUCCGAGCCCAGUUGCCUCAGGAGGGUCUCGUUCUCUCACCUGCAGAGACAUCAGAGGGUGAACCUCAUCCCGAGUCUGAUGGACGCCUUCUCUGACGCAGGUGCAGGUCUGUGUCACAUGUUCACAUGGUCUCACCUGGAAGGAGCAGAUUUACCCCUGAGGCUGUACUCCUGUGGAUCGACCAAUCAGAAGCUGGGGAUGCCUCAGGACAGUCCGUCACCUGUUGGAGCUCCGCCUCCUGGUCUGGUUGCCAUGGUGAACAUUUAUGUUCUGGUGACAUCAGUCCGACCUCUGACAUCGUUCCUGCAUGACAUCAUGGUGGUUGCGACCAAUCAGGAGCUGAGGGCACGCCCCCUGAAGCUCAGGGACUUUCUGCGUCAGAAGCUGGGACCAGCGAGCUCCCAUCAUGCUUUUUGGCAGAUGAAGCACGUGAUAGGCGAUGUGCUUCAGGCUGCAGUGUCCAAUGAGAGGACAGAAAGAGUCAACAGGUGUGUGUUGUGUUACCAGCUGCUCACCUUCACUCUGAAGUUCAGCGGCUCCAUCACUCCUGUCGUCAUCCAGGUGGACACUGAUUUAACAUUUUCAGCCCUGAGGGACGAAACGUUUGACGGACAGGUCACCAAAGACCUGAUCCUGGAGGACACACUGCACUUCCUGUCACACACACACCUGUUUUCAGAGACAGACAGGAGACAGGACGGUGUCUGUGGAGGGUCAGAUGAUCUGUGUUUGUCAGAGGACGAGGUUCUUCUUCUUCUUCAGUUUCAGAGACAGAUGUCAGCGCCCUCUGCCUUUCAUCUGCUCUUUCCCUCUUCCUCCUCUUCUUCAUCCUCCCUUUCCUCUCGUCCUCUGAGCAUCUCUGAUCACAUGGUUAGGAUCAGCUCUUACUACAACCUCCUCAGAAACAUCAGCUCCAGGAGCGAUGACGCUUCGUCCAAUCAGGAGUCAGAUGUGAGCUCACUGGGCGGAGCUGCAGGUAAAGGUCGCUGUGGCAACCCCCACCUACGACAAAUUUACACCGACCCCCCCCUCACCCUGACUCCGCCCUUCAGCCCCGGGGUGAAGGAGUACUUUGCCGAGGUGACCUUUGACACGGUGACGGUUCGAAUCCGACCGAUGACCUUCAGCCCGUCCUGCGCGGUCCACCUGGACGACCACCGGGGACCCAGGAUGGCGAACUACCCGGUCGGCCUCGGCAACAGCCGCAUCAGCAUCCUGGUGACGGACGAGGCUGAGACGGAGCCCGUCGUCAUGGCGAUCUACACCGUCCACUUGACCCGGGAGAACCGGCCCAGUCUGCCCAUGUUCGCCGACCAUGUGAUGUGCAGCUUCGUCCAGGACUGUGGUCUCCGGGUCCGGCCCGAUCGCUCCUGUGGUCUCCAGACCGCCGUCAUGUCCCAGAGGCCACGUCACAUCUGCACGUCAGGACACCAGCCAGGUCGGUGGGUGGUUCCAUGUCUUAGCUGUUCUGACAAUAGGACAUGUGAUUGGAGGGAGGUUGCCUGGCAGCCAGAUGGCUGUGACCACCGGUUGGUGGAGCGCCGCUCGCUGCAGGGCUGUAUGACGGACAGGAAGGUGUUGUUUAUCGGUGACUCAACCAAUCGCGGGAUGAUGUACUUCCUGAUGGAGCGGGUCA